AUGCUUCCGCGUAGCCAUCAAUACACGCGGCUUAUCACACGGCGCCUCAAGCACUUCACGAUAACCCCUGCGAGCUCCCGGUGCAUUGCGACCGCCGCAAGCCGAGCACCGAAGCGACUGAUAACGCCUUCACAUCAGACCGGUUCAUUCCCACGAGAAGUUGACCGCCGGCACCCUGAGCUCCGCUGCUUUGCGACGCACUCUCAGCAUAUCACUAAGCUCAGCGACCAGGGGAAUCAAACGUCAGGCACAAUGGCGACAUACGAGGAGGUAUUGAAGGGCAAAUAUCCGGCCAAGCUCCACGUGAAGCGCGUGGUGGACUACAUCCGAUCCAAGGUGCCCGAUGCCUCCGGAGUGCUGUACCUCGAGGGUCGAAUGACCAAGAUGAUUGAGGACAAUGACGAGGCAGAACACUUCAGACAACGGCGCUACUUCUACUAUGUCACCGGCUGCCCGCUUGCUGAUUGCCACUACAUCUACGAUAUAUCGACAUCAAAGUCCACUCUCUUCAUCCCGCCGAUCGAUCCCGAGUCCGUCAUAUGGUCCGGCUUGCCUACGACAGCCGAGGAGGCGCUCGAGCUGUACGACGUCGACGAGGUCAAGUACACGAACGAUGUCAACGCGACCCUCACACACCUCGGCUCCAAGGUACCUAAGUCGACGGUCUUUGCUAUCCCGGAGCAAGUCUCCGACCAUAUCACCUUCCUCGAAUACGACAAUAAAAACCUCUCGAUCCUAAAGGAGGCCAUUGAGGUCUCCCGCGUCAUCAAGUCCGACUACGAGAUUGCGCUCAUCGAGAAGGCCAACGAGAUCAGCAGCGCAGCGCAUCGUGCGGUGCUGGAGAAGGUGGCACAUGUGAAGAACGAGCAGGAGCUGGAGGCGGUCUUUCUCGCCAAUUGCGUGUCACGGGGCGCAAAGGAGCAGGCGUAUCACAGCAUUGUAGCUAGUGGGCGCGCUGCUGCGACCCUGCAUUAUGUGAAGAAUGACCAGCCGGUGGAGGGCAAGCUCAACCUACUUUUGGAUGCUGGUGCGGAAUGGAACUGCUAUGCGGCUGAUAUCACGCGAACAUUCCCCAUCUCGGGCAAGUUUUCCAAGGAGUCGCGCGCUAUUUACGAUAUCGUGUUGAAGAUGCAGCUGGACUGCAUUGCUGCGCUCAAGGAGGGCGUCAAGUGGGACGACGUCCAUGAGCUCGCCCACAAGAUUGCCAUUGACGGUCUUCUAGAGCUUGGCAUUCUGCAGGGCGACAAAGACGAGAUCUUCAAGAGCAGGACGAGCGUUGCGUUCCUACCGCACGGCCUGGGCCAUUAUCUAGGAAUGGACACUCACGAUACUGGCGGCAAUGCGAACUACGCAGACAAGGAUCCGAUGUUUAGGUAUCUGAGAGUCAGGGGUACUCUCCCAGCAGGUAGCGUGAUUACGGUUGAGCCUGGUAUCUACUUCUGCAGCUUCAUUAUCGAGCCCUUCCUGAAGGACCCCGUCCACUCCAAGUACAUUGACGCGGCAGUAUUGGAUAAGUACUGGGACGUCGGCGGCGUGCGGAUUGAGGACAACAUCCUGAUCACGCACGACGGAAGCAAGAACCUAACACCUGCUGUGAAGGACGUCGCGGAGAUGGAGAAGAUCAUCGCUGGGAACUAA